UUGUCAAAAAGAAAAAGCUUCUUGAAAAAGUUGAGUUUUUAACGACAGAGGGUGAGAAAAGAAGCAAAGAAAAGCUCUGAUCUUCUCUUCCGUGCUGCGUCUCUCUCAGCUGUAUUUUUUUUUUCUUGUCACAGCUGAUGCCUUCGGUGCAGGAGAUCAGAACGGCUCCACUGUUCGUCUCUUGUGUACACACUCACACAUAGACACACAUGCUGUAACGCUCCCUUUCCUUUGCGCUCUUUAAUUCUCUGUAAAUUCCAGCAGUGAUUGUGGGGUUUCGUGUGUUGUGCGGUGCAUUUCUUGCCUCUGGUUGCAUGAACAUCUCGUUGCAUGUGGGGAGAACAGGCUGUUUGGAGUAGUGGGACGAGAGGCGGACAGAGAAAAAGAUGAAGAAGGAGGAAAAGUAGGACGAGGUGAAGCCGGGGAUUGUACAAAAGUGUGGCUUUGAGCGUUUGGCAGAUGACGUGAAGCGCUUCACAUCUGGAACAGCUUGAGCAGCUGCACCUGAAGACAAGGGCUCCUUCGCAAAGCCUGUACCGGCACUUUCUCUUUCUCUUGCCCUUUCUUUUUGUUUUUUUCCCCCUCUUGCUGUCCCUAAAUCUUUCUCUCUCUGGUCUCCGCCUGCCUGAGUGCUGGAAUUGUUACCCGCUGAGCAUCAGCACAGAGGAGCGAGUGAACCGGAGCGAAAGAGGAGGAGGAGGAGGAGAGAGAAGGCACAGGAGGACAGGAACAUGGGGAAGAAUUACAAGGCAUGAGGUAGGAGAAGAGUUGACAACCAUAUUAUGAGUGCAAGUGAUGAAGAGAGGGAGCAGGAAGAUUUACCAAAAAAAUGACAGGGAUGGAGAAGGCGAGAGUGUGAAAUACGGGGAGGAGAGGCAGAGGAGGGAUUAAGAAGCCGGAAUGCGCUGACACUGGAGACCUGAGUUUCUGUUUGCUUUUGGCACAGCACAUCCUGUCACUCUACAGGUUUAUCUACACCCACUUUGCUAGCACACUGUUUGCUUUGGAGGAUGAUCCCAGGAGGCCACGCCAGGAGAGGAGAACACCUUCCAAGGAGUUAAUAACCCCCCACCCCUAACCCUCACCCUUUGCUCCCUUCCCAAAAGUGCCCUCCCCUCCCUCCCUCCCCGUCUCCGGCCCACUCAGCCUACCUGCACCAGUCACAACACGCUGGAGCUGCAGAGUCACCGAGUCAUUCACUGAGAGCUCAGAAACCCUGGAUCCCCCACGGGACACACUGACUGAGGAGCUUUUCUGACCUGCAGGAUGUCCAAAGCCUCCAGGCUGGCUCGCCCACCCUCUGCAGGGGCCGGAUCCAAACUGCCCUCACCAAGGAAGGAAUGCACUGGCACAGGUCGAGCCCGGGUGGUAAGUGUGGGGGAGAAGCUGAUGAGGGCAGGUAGUGAUGGCGUCCUGAGUAGACAGAAAUCUGUACCAGCGACUGUGCCCCAGGAGAAAGAAAAGAGGGAGAACCAAACUGAAGCUCAGGCCCAAAACCAGAGUACAGAUGAGAAGGCUGAGAACGUGGAGAUGGCCCAUCCAAAGAGCAGGAUCAGCCCACCUAAGGGAUCUUUGCACAAACAAACAAAAAGCAACCUGAAGGUAACCUCCCCGGAGGACGCCGAGCACGUAGGCCGCAGACAGGCCUCCCCAAAUGGGACGCCACCUACGAGAGGGGACGCUAAAGGCAGCCGCACAGUCCCUCGAAGACACACGUUAGGAGGGGCCCGCGGCUCCCGAGAGAUCCUGGCUAUGCAGCCGUCAGACAUGGACAAGAAGAGGGAGGCCUUUCUGGAGCAUCUGAAGCAGAAAUACCCGCAUCAUGCCUCGGCGAUCAUGGGCCACCAGGAGAGACUGCGAGAGCAGUCUUUGCAGGACAUGCUCUCCUCCCUUCACUCUGAGCUUGACAUUCAGAGGUACUUGAUGAAAAUCCAAUUGCCCCACAGAAGCAGAAGCCCAAAGCACGGCCCCAGUCCCCAGCUCAGCGUCGGCGACCAGGUCGACCACCUAUCUCUGGCCUCCCUGGAGUCGUUGGACACCAUGUCUGAGGCCGACGCGCCCACAGCCUUCCACCGAGGCAGCAGGAUUCGUGCGAGCCUGCCUGUGGUGCGAUCCACCAACCAGACAAAGGACCGCUCCUUAGGAGUGCUGUACCUGCAGUACGGAGACGAUACCAAACAGAUCCGCAUGCCUAAUGAGAUCACCAGCAUUGACACUGUCAGAGCUCUGUUUGUUAGUGCCUUCCCGCAGCUGCUCACCAUGAAGAUGCUUGAGUCUCCUAGUGUUGCUGUCUAUGUCAAGGACGAUAUGAGGAAUAUGUACUACGAGCUCACUGAUGUCAGGAGCAUCACAGAUCACUCCUGCCUGAAGGUCUACCACAAAGACCCAGCACAAGCAUUCAGCCAUGGACCAAGACCUGCGAAUGGCGAUGCCCGGAUACACAGUGAGAUGGUGCAUGCCACUCGCGAUGGACCCCACCCUCUUAGACAGCCCCCCAUGGGUCCGCCACCCCACCCUAUGCAGGGAGCACUACCCCCAACUCCCCACUCCAUGCCCCCAUCCCCUUCUAGAAUCCCAUUUGGCCCACGGCAGGGAUCCUUACCUGGCAACUCCACUAUCCCACGGGAACGUCUGGCUAAUGCUAACCCUCCGGCUCGCUCCAUCUCACCGUGUCCCAGCGCCAUCCUGGAGAGGCGGGAUGUCAAGCCGGAUGAGGACAUGGGGGGUAAAAGCCACAGUCUCGCCAGGGGAAAUGAGGGCAUAUAUGCAGACCCAUAUCUGCUCCAAGAGGGAAGAAUAAACAUGGUGUCUGCCCAUGGACCACACCCCAACCCAGGGCUUGAUGGUCCAGAACACAUGGGAGGAUUUCACCGUGCCUCCAUUCGUUCCACAGGUUCUUAUGGAGGCCCUAGCCCUACAGACUCUAUGGAUCACCCCUCAUUGUACAGGCAGAAGUCCAGAAACAGCCAGCUUCCUACUUUAGGCUCUAAGACACCUCCUCCAUCCCCUCACAGGAUGGCUGAAGUUCGCAUGAUUGACAUCCAUGGCGGGCCUCCUCAUGGCGUCCCACCUCAUGGUGUGCCCAUGGAGAGAAGCUCACCUGUGCGCCAGUCCUUCAGGAAGGAGGAAGUGGGUGGGACCAAACCCCGGAGCAACAUGGGAUCACCUGUAGUUGCAGAUCUUCAGGGUCACAUCCAAGGGCCCAUCCCACCUGCUGGUGACCAUCAGACACGAGAGCGAAUGAAGGCUAUGGAGCAACAGAUUGCCAGCUUGACUGGUCUUGUUCAGCAUGCACUUUUAAAGGGGCCAAACUCUAGUGGCACCAAGGAGCCUCCAAGUGAGAGACCACCGAAGACGUCAUCUCCAGCCCACAGUGCACACAGCUCAGGUGGUUCCCCAGUGAUGGCUCCCAAGAGAAGUGCAGCCCCAUCAGACAAGGGCUCAGUUCCUCUAAAAGUCAACCUCCUGCAGUUCAGAAAGAAUGUUUCCGACCUCAGGAUGCAGCUCCAUCAGAUGAGACAGCAGCAGCUCCAGAACCAGGAAGCACUACGAGUCCAGCUGAAGCGGGCCGAGCAGGAAAUCAGCGUCAAACUUGCAGAGGCCAUGCGUGGUCUGGAGGAUCCUGUUCAGAGGCAGAGAGCUCUGGUAGAAGAAGACAGGCACAAGUACUUAGGUCUGGAGGAGCGUGUUCUCACUCAGCUUGGUGAUCUGGAGCAGUAUGUGGGCUCUUUGCAGAAAGACUCAUCAACAACACACAGAGUAGUGACCCUGAAAGAUGUGGAGGAGGGAGCGGUGACUCUGAGGAAAGUUGGAGAGUCUCUGGCAGGGCUCAAAGGGGAAUUCCCUGCCCUACAAACCAGAAUGCGGGCCGUGCUCAGGGUAGAAGUGGAAGCGGUCAAGUUUUUGAAGGAGGAACCUCACAAACUGGACAGCAUGCUGAAAAGGGUCAAGAGCCUGACGGACACGCUCAGCAGCCUUAGAAGAGGUGCUUCUGAGAACUCACAGAAAGGACUUGAUCCCUCUGCUAAUGUCCCAGUGGAAAACAGCCCUUCAGUACCAGCUCCCCCUUCAGAAGCUCUCCCAGCAUCAGUGCAGCCUGACUCCACAUCAGCUCCACUGGAGCCCCAGAGCUCCACAAUCAGAUCGGAGGUGAUGCCUUCCUCCCCGGUGGUCAUCCAUCAUGUCCAGAGCUCCCCUGUCCAAAUGCAGCAGUCCCAGCAGUCUGCAGCCUUGACAGCUCAGCCCAGUCCCCCGCUCACCCCAAGCCCCAACCCCAGCAAGAGUCAAGGCCGAGAAUCUCCCAAGGGGGCAGCCUCGGAUCCACCAAGUCCUGCCCGUCUUAAGAAGAUGCACGGGAACGGGCAUGUGAGUAAUGGAAACGGCACUACAAACCAGGGUCUAGUUAUAGAGGAGCUCCAGAACAGCCAGGACAAGAGCAAAAACAGAGCUAUGUCCAUAGAGGCUGCAGAAAAAGAAUGGGAGGAGAGGAGGCAGAACAUGGGUCAUUAUGAUGGAAAGGAGUUUGAGAAAAUACUGCAAGAGGCCCAGGCAAACAUGAUGAAGGGCAUCCCCAGCCUAGAGGUGGAAGAAAACCCAGCAGCACCCACUGUGGCCACCGUAGAGCAGUCAGAAAUCAAAAACAACCCUGUGGAGUCACAGUCAGAUGAGGCCCAGUCCGAGUCUCUCUCUGACAAAGCUGUCAAGAAGGGGCCUGAGAAACUACCCAAGCCUGUGUUGGAGAAACCUGCCAAACCUGCACUGGAGAGGCCCCUAAAGACUGCCACCAAGCCAGCACCCACUGACAGUUUUAACAAGCAGGUGUCUGAAAAGGCCAGCAAGUCUCCACCACCUCCUCCUCCAAGGAAGACCUUCCACAGCUCAAGCUCAGGCAUGACCACAACACGAUCCGGUGAGGUGGUCUACACAAACAGGAAGGAGUCUGUCUCAGCCCAGGAAGGUGAAGAGGAAGCACCACCUCCCUCUCCCCAAAAGCCCACCAAGGUUCCACCAGAGACCAAGCCUAAGCCAGCAACCCCUCCACCCGUCACUUCCUCUGUUAGCAGAGAAGAAGAGGAUGAAGGGGACAAGAUCAUGGCGGAGCUUCAGGUUUUCCAGAAGUGCACAGUUAAGGAUGUAGGGGUGAAAAAUUUGGUAGAGCCCACCACUCGAAUUGAACCCCAAAUCAGAGAACUAAGACCAGGGGCUUUAAUGUCCCUCAAAGAGAAAAAGCAGAGCUCAGAGCCCAGUCGUGAGGAUAAAGAUCCAGACACAGAUGAAAACGGAAAUACCACUCUCAGACAGAGCCAGGGGGUCAUUUAUUAUGUGACUGGCCAGAUCCCCAAAGAGAAUCCACCACCACCACCAGGAAGUGAGGAAACCCCCGAACACCGGGAACCCGCUCAGCCUCCAUCACAGGUGUCAAAUGUCAAUAUUAACGACAAUUCUCCAAGCCAGCAGCAGCAGCAGCAGCAGCCGCCACAGUCUCCACCGCCCAAAUCCCCUGUAACACCACCUCCGAUAUCGCCCAAACCUGUGGGACUGAAGGGAUUCAAACUUCCAAGGAAGCAAGUGAAACGCUCAGAAUCCUUGAAGACCAGCGCGGAAAUGGAGAAGGGAAAAAUCCUUAACAAAAUUAACACUGAAAAGAAAACAAACGUUGCCCAGCACAAUGUUUCUGUCAGUAAGAAUUUAAUAACUGAGCCUGUGGCAAUCACAACAACCAGCAGUAUCAAAGAGGCUCCCAAGAGUUCUGCUGCUUCCUCAAAUCCAGCUCCUAGGGAGGAUAGUGAUCCAGCUAAAACUAACUUUGAGGAUUAUAAUGAUGAGGCAAGUCUUAGUCCUGACCUACCAGGUGAAGAGCCGCCUCCACCCCCAGAUAACAUAGCAUUUAUGAUCACAAACACCAAAGUUCAGGCCUUGUCCUGUGGUGAGUACCAGGAACUGGUGAACGCCAAGAAAGGAAGCGUCCAGACUGUUACUGUAGGGAACGCCGCAAAUCGUGGAAACAUUGCUGAGGAUCCCAUCGAACCACAGGAUAAUGGCUUCAACAAGAAGCCUGUCAUUAUCAUUUUUGAUGAGCCAAUGGACAUCCGUUCUGCCUACAAGCGCCUGUCCACCAUCUUUGAAUGCGAGGAAGAAUUGGACAGGAUGCUUGCAGCAGAGCGCAUCGAUGAGGAAAGCGAAGAGUCAGACACAGCUGGAGGAACCGAGGUGGUUGAUGGCAAAAAGGUCAGCUCUUUGCAGGUUAAUGCAGAUCACGCUAGCUCAUCAUCCUCAUCUUCAUCUUCAAUCUCGGACAGUGGAGUCCUGGAGUCAAAUGGUGAUGCCAAGCAGGACGGUAAGAAGAAGUUCAAGUUUAAGUUUCCAAAGAAACAGCUGGCAGCACUGACCCAGGCGAUCCGCACAGGCACCAAGUCAGGCAAGAAGACUUUACAGGUGGUUGUGUAUGAAGAUGAGGAAGAAAGUGACGGCACUAUCAGGCAGCACAAAGAGGCGAAAAGAUUUGAGAUUGCACGGUCAAAAUCCUUAGCAGAUCCUCCAAGCUCAACCGCGGUGAAGAAGCACAAUUCUGACUCCAUGGGCAGGACGAACGAGAUCCGCAAAAACACCUACAAAACACUGGACAGCCUGGAGCAGACCAUCAAGCAGCUGGAGACCACCAUCAGUGAGAUGGGACCAGUCUCCCCGACAGAACAAACCUUCACAGAGGAGCCUAAAACAGGAAACGGGAAAAGUUCAGAAGGAGUGGGGCUGAAGAGGUCGUCCUCUCUCCCUACAUCCAGAGGGUCAGGCUCUAAGGUACCCAGCAAAAAUUCCUUGCAGAAGAAGACUAAACCACAGCUCCUCCCUCGCCCUGUAGUCAUCCCUACUACCACAACCACCACCACCACUGUCCCCAGUGCCCCCAGCACCGUACAACAGAACACCAGUGUCGCUUCUCCCACUAGUCGGAUGCCCGUCCCUUUGUCUACGAAGUCCAGGCAGUCGCCGAAUACUACAGACAAAGCAGGAAAACAGCAAAAACUGCAGGACGCUCAGAGGCAGUUCCGACAGGCUAACGGAAGUGCUAAAAGAGUGGGAGGGGAUCAUAAAACUACUUCCCCUACUAUUCCCAUCUCUAAAAUCCCUGCUUUUUAUCCUAGCUCUACUAAAGGCAGCUCCCAGUGUGCACCAAACUCAGAUGCUACUAAUCCCAUUAACCCUUCCUCCUCCUCCUCCUCUUCUGUGACAAAGUCCUCCAUCCUGUCCUCUCACAGUCCUCGUUCCAGCUCCCUCCCCUCCUCCCACAUCCCCUCCCUGUCUAAUGGAUCCCUGAAACUCCCAGCACCCUCACAGCACACGGGUAAAGCUCUCUCGUUCUCCUCGCAGACUCAGAAUGGUCGAGUGCACUCCUCCUCCACCUCUUCAUUCUCCUCCUCCUCCUCCUCAACCUCCUCCCCCUCCCCUCUGUCGCCCACACCUUUGGGCCCGGGCGGAAAGAGCAUCCGCACCAUACACACCCCCAGCUUCACCAGCUACAGGUCCCACAACGGCAGCAGCGGCAAAUCCUGCAUCCCAACAGCCACAGCAGCUAAGGACGCUACCUAGCUCCAAUAUGGCCACUCAGGCCUUACCGAGUAGCAGGUAGACCAGGUCACGUUUUCAUACUCUACAUUUGAUUAAUGUUAUUUUUUUCUGUUUUGUUAGUAUUACCUGAUGCACUCCCCUUCUCCAUGUUUUAUUUGACACUGGCAUUCUCACACCGAUGCUUAUUUUCCUUUAAGUUGCAUUUUUCUUAUUUUGAAAUCUUGGAUUCUGCUUUGUUCUUGAAGGUGUACCAGAUGUUUCUGACAAAAUAUUUUAUAAUGGAACUAAAAAAUAUUUAGUUUUGCCACUUUGUAGUUGAAGUGGAAGGCUAUCAUGGUGUUGAAAAUCUAUUUUUAUUGCUGUAACUAUAGAGAAUAUAGAGUUGAUGUACAAUCGCAACAUACCUUGUAAAAAGUUUGUUUUAUUUUUCAAACCAGAGAUUGAAUAACCAUAGUAUAUUUAAUCUUCUAUAUUUCUUGUUGCCAGACAUUCAACGCAGCCCUUGUAAAUGCCUUUUAUGAUUGUAUACUUAAUGUAUGCAGACAUUUUAAAGUUGAACUCAUUAUUAACUUCUGUUUUCUAAGAGUAUUUUCUCAUUUUUCCACCAUUUAUGAACUGCCAAUUUCUUUUACAGAUGUGUAAAACUGGUAUCAUGAGUAAUAAAAUUUUCUUUUUAGUGUGCCUAUUUGCCAAAGUUGUUGUAAAAUAACUCACUUCAGGCCUAACCCAGUCACAAGAUAAAGGGGAAUUAACAUGCACUCUCGGUAUCAUGGCUGAAGUGUUGACUGCAGUGUUUGUGCUGCAGGUCUCCAUUUAAGUUAACAUGUAUUGUUGUCUAAAUGUAAACUGUACUAAAAAAAAAAGUGAUGAAUCAGUUCUACAACAUGUACAUAGACGCUUCUACUAAGGAAAUAAGUAGUUUUUUUUUAACAUACCAAAGUUUAUUUGUAUGCAUGCCUUUCAGAUACUUUAGGAGAGUGGUGUAAAAGAAGAAUUAUGUUUGCACAGAUAGAUUUUUGUAAAUAUCUGGUUUUCUCUCAUUUUUGUAAAGCUUUAAAUCAUACUAUAAAGGAGCAGUGUGGUAAAAGACAAAAACUGUGUUGGAGUAGCAAAAAUAAAGACUUGCAUGCUUGUAAUGCAUCCAG